AUGGCUAAAGUACUUCAAAAAUGUCACAUCAUUGUUUGGGAUGAAUGCACAAUGGCACAUAAGUAUUCAUUGGAAGCAUUAAAUCGAACACUUAAAGAUUUAAAUGCCAACGAUAGACUUUUUGGAGGCGCUUUAAUUUUAUUGGCAGGUGAUUUUAGACAAACAUUGCCAGUUAUUCCACGUUCAACCUAUGCUGAUGAAGUCAAUGCUUGCCUCAAAUCAUCUAUUUUGUGGCGAAAUGUCCAUAUAUUGCGACUUACCGAAAUCAUGCGUGUUGGACUACAGAGGGAUUUAGCUGCAGAACUAUUUGCCAAACAAUUGAUGGAUAUUGGUAAUGGAAACGUAAGUCUUCAUGAAAAUACGCACUUUAUUAAAUUGCCAGAAAAUUUUUGUAAAAUUGUUAAUUCGAAAGAGGAAUUAAUAGAAAGCGUAUUUCCUCACAUAUAUCAAAAUUAUCAGAACCAUCAGUGGCUUCAAAGUAGAGCGAUUCUGGCUGCCAAGAACUUAGAUGUCGAUGAAAUCAAUUCCAAAAUUCAAGCUAUGCUACCUGGUAAUUUAAUUUCGUUAAAAUCCAUCGACACAGUGGUAGAUGAAAACGAGAUUGUGAAUUAUCCCACUGAGUUCUUAAAUUCGCUUGAUUUGCCAGAACUACCACCACACAAUUUAGUUUUAAAAGUUGGUUCACCAAUCAUUUUAUUACACAAUCUAAACCCACCAAAAUUAUCAUUUGCGAUGACAAUUAAUAAAUCUCAAUGUCAAACAUUAAAAGUAUGUGGACUGAAUUUGGAAAAUACAUGUUUUUCGCAUGGGCAACUAUAUGUUGCAUGUUCCCGUGUUGGAAAACCUUUUGAUCUAUAUAUAUACGAUCAAAAUGGCUUAACAAAAAAUAUUGUUCAUGAUUUAUUUUAA